AUGAUAGAUAACGAGAAAAGCUAUGCUAAGACAGAUGUCAUUCUGUCGCAUUCAGAAAAUUCGAGUGUUGAAAGAGCCGAAAAGUCCUGGUACAGACGUCUCUUGGAGGCGUUGGAGGUGCAUAAAACCGACCGCCAUGAGACGAUUAAAGAAACGUUUCUGUAUAAUCAUGAUUUGAAACCAGUCGAAAUUGGACGCCGUAAAUGGUCCUGGUUUAAUUUCGUUUAUUUCUGGUUGGCAGACUGCUUUAACAUCAACACUUGGCAAGUAGCAGCCACAGGUCUCCAGUUAGGGCUAAACUGGUGGGAAACUUGGUUGACAGUGUGGAUUGGUUACACAAUCGUUGGUAUUCUGGUAGUUCUGACAUCGCGUAUCGGUACUAUGUACCAUAUUUCCUUCCCAAUCACCGCAAGAGCUUCCUUUGGAAUCUUCUUUUCAUUGUGGCCCAUUCUCAACCGUGUGGUAAUGGCUGUUGUCUGGUACUCUGUACAGACUUGGAUUGCUAUGACCCCAGUGUCUUUAAUGCUAAAGAGUAUCUUCGGCUAUAAUUUACCAAACAGAAUUCCUGAUCACAUCAGUAGUCCCAACGCUACCACCUAUGAGUUUAUGUGCUUCUUCAUUUUCUGGGUGUGCCAACUCCCAUUUAUUUAUGUGCAUCCACAUCAAGUGAGGCAUUUGUUCACGGUCAAAGCUGCCUUGGUGCCUUUUGCCGCAUUUGGUUUUCUGAUCUGGUCGUUGAAGAAGUCUCAUGGUAAAAUGGCUCUCGAAGCACUAGUUCAAGGACCAGGCUUAUCGUCAAGCGAACGUGGGUGGGCUUGGAUGCGUGCAAUCAUGGCAUCCAUUGCCAACUUUGCCACUUUGAUUGUCAAUGCACCAGAUUUUUCACGUUUCGCCAGAACUCGCCAGUCCGCUACAUGGUCCCAAGGUUUGUCUAUUCCAUUUUUCUUUUCAAUCACCUCUUUAAUUGGUAUUAUUGUCACCGCUUCCGCGUACACCGUUUACGGCAUCAACUAUUGGUCUCCAUUGGAUGUGCUAGACAGAUUCCUUGGUGACGGUUUCACCAAAGGUGAACGUGCAGGUACCUUUUUGAUUUCGUUUGUAUUCGCAAUUGCUCAAUUAGGAACCAACAUCAGUGCUAACUCAUUGUCUGCUGGUACAGACAUGACUGCGUUGCUGCCAAAGUUUAUCAACAUUAGACGUGGUGGUUUCGUUUGCGCCAUGCUAGCGUUGUGUAUCUGUCCUUGGAACUUGAUGGCAAGCUCCAGUAAAUUCACCAUGGCAUUGAGCGCAUACGCCAUCUUCUUAAGUUGUAUCGCAGCUGUUAUGACUGCUGAUUACUAUGUUGUAAGAAGAGGUAAACUCGAUCUUCUUCACUUGUACUGCGCCGACCCUGCAGUCUCAGACUACAUGUACGGAAACAGAUUUGGUAUUAACUGGAGAGCUUUGUUUGCAUACCUUGCAGGCAUCUUGCCUAACAUCACUGGUUUCGUCGGAGCUGUGGGCGACAACAUUCAUGUGCCAUCUGGUGCCACUUACCUCUACUAUUUGAAUUAUCUGAUUGGAUACAUCGUCUCGUUUAUUGUGUACGUGAUCCUGUGCUACUUCUUCCCUGUUCCAAACGCUCCUGUAGCUAACUGCCUCAAGAAGUCUGAAUGGCUUGAAACUUUCGAAGAAGUUGAGUGUUUCGAGGAAGAAAGAGAGGAGUUCUUGUCCGGCCACAACAUCGCUGUCGUUUCCUCACAUCUGGGCCACGAGAAUGUCGAGGAAAUGGCUUCAGCUUUCGCCAUCGGUAGCCGGAAGUGA